CGCCUACGCGGGUGCCUUUAAGCCCUCUGGAGACCCUCGGCCGGCCGCGGCGAUGGCGGGGCCCGCGGGAGCAGUGCCGGAGGCUGCCGGGAGCGCACCGCGAAGCCCCCGCGCCUAUGCGCGCCGCUGGGUCUUCCUGCUGGUGGUCAGCUUGCUGAGCUGCUCCAACGCCACGCUCUGGCUCAGCUUCGCCCCAGUUGCAGACAUCAUUGCCCAGCACUUCCUCCUGUCCAUGGCACAGGUUGGCUGGCUCUCGCUGAUCUUCCUGGUGGUGUCCAUCCCAUUUGGCAUUUUGGCCAUCUGGGUCCUAGACUCUGUGGGGCUCCGAGGGGCGACCAUCCUGGGUGCAUGGCUGAACUUUGCUGGGAGUAUGCUCCGCGCCCUUCCCUGUGUGGCUGCCUGGGUCCCCAACACAUUUGCCUUCUUCAUGGGUGGCCAGAGCCUCUGUGCCCUGGCCCAGAACUUGGUAAUCUUCUCUCCAGCCAAGCUGGCCGCCUUGUGGUUCCCAGAGCAUCAGCGAGCCACAGCCAACAUGAUUGCCACUAUGUCAAAUCCCCUGGGCAUCCUUGUGGCCAAUGUGCUGUCACCUGCCCUGGUCAAGAAGGGAGAGGACAUCCCUCUAAUGCUUGGAGUCUACACCAUCCCUGCAGGCCUGGCCUGCCUGCUGGCCACUGUCUGCCUCUGGGAGAGUGUACCCCCCACCCCACCCUCUGUGGGGGCCGCCAGCUCCACCUCGGAGAACUUCCUCCAGGGGCUCAAGCUGCUUCUGCAGAACAAGGCCUAUGUCAUCCUGGCUGUGUGCUUUGGGGGUGGCAUCGGGAUCUUCUCCAGCUUCUCGGCUCUCCUGGAGCAGAUCCUCUGUGCCAACGGCUACUCCAACGGGUUCUCGGGCCUCUGCGGGGCUCUCUUCAUCGUGUUUGGGAUCCUGGGGGCACUGGUUCUUGGCCUGUAUGUGGAUCGGACCAAGCGCUUCACGGAGGCCACCAAGAUAGGUCUCUGCCUCUCCUCCAUGGCCUGUGUGGCCUUUGCCCUGGUGUCCCGACUGCAGGGGCAAGCCCUUGCAGUGGCUGCCACCUGCUCUCUGUUUGGGUUCUUCGGCUUCUCUGUGGCACCUGUGGCCAUGGAGCUGGCGGUGGAGUGUGCCUUUCCUGUGGGUGAGGGUGCAGCUGCAGGCCUGGUCUUUGUGCUGGGGCAGGCCCAGGGUGUGCUCAUCAUGGUGUUACUGACGGUGUUGACUGUGCGGCCCGAAGAUCCAUCCUCCUCCACCUGCCAGCAUGGUGAGGACCCGCUGGACUGGACAGUGUCUCUGCUGCUGAUGGCCAGCCUGUGUACCCUCUUCACCUGUGUCUUGGUGCUCUUCUUCCACACCCCAUACCGGCGCCUGCAGGCUGAGUCUGCAGGACCCCCCUUGCCCUGGACAUGUGCCCCAGAGCUGAGGGCACCACCUGAGGCUCCUGGCUCAGCACCUCCAGCUCAGAGGCUGCAGGAACCUCCUGGCCCUGCCUCCUGCCUUCAGGAGCCCAAGGACUCGCUGAGACUGUGAGCAGGGGUGUCUCAUGAAGGGAGGUGGAGAGGCAAUCUCUGGUCACCGGGACUGUGACCACAGGCUCAGGGUUCUUGGCACACCCRGGGCAUGGCAGGAUUUGGCACUCUGGACUCUGUGCAGACUGUAUGGCUGAAGCAAGAAGAGCUGCUACUGUCUGGACACUGACCAGGGAAGACAGCCCAACACAGGGCAGUGUAGGUUGGUGAGGUGGCCUGACACAACAGCAGGGACUGAAGGGGAGCUGGGUAUGAGGGACCUGGAGUGGACAGGUGUGGGCACUUGGUAGAAGGAGCCAAUCCCUGAGCCUCUUCUUCUCUGCUCAGUACGGGG